AAGGCUGAGAAUUAGGGUUUGAGUACUGAUAGAUAGGUCAGCGGCGAAAUGUUCAAGAUCAUUGUUCUACUGGCUACGAUUCUGAUCGUCACUGUCUAUGGUGGCUGCCCCGGCAUUUCCAGCAUCUACCUCCCCCGCCGAGUCAAUUGUCCCCUCUGCGAUUUCGCUCCAUUUUCUCAAGCUGUAACCGGCUCCGGCAAUCAAUAUUCGAUAAAAUGCCCCGCUGGCUCUGAUGUUUGGUACUACAAUGAACAGGGACGUGAAUUCGUGACCCCAAUGAGUAAAGUUGGAUCAAAAGGAAGCAUCAAGUGUGAUGGAUCGAAAUGGAAGAUCAGUGUGCCCGGACAAAGUCAGACACUUUCUGCGUUUGCGUGUGGAUCCUCGUAAUAAGAUAUAAAUAAUCCAAAAAUUGUUAGGAAACUUAUCAAAUGAAACUAAUAAAUACUAGUACAAAUGAAUUAUUAUUCACAGAAAAAAAUAAAUAAAAAUAGACAAAUCAC